AUGGAGGCCAGAGCGCUCUGGCUGCUGCUGCUGGUCCUGGCCUUGGGGUCCUCUGGCUUUGCCAAUGAGUAUGUCGGCCUGUCGGAGAACCAAUGUAAGGUCCCAGCCAAGGAGAGGGUGGACUGCGGCUACCCUGGGGUCACCCAGGAGCAGUGUAACAACCGGGGCUGCUGCUUCGACUCCAGCAUCCGGCAGGUGCCCUGGUGCUUCAAGCCUCUGCAGGAGACAGCUCCCACUGGGAGGACUCCCUCCUUGGGAGGGACUGUGCCUGUGCAAGCAGCAGGUGGCCAUGUACCUGGGUGGUUCACCACCUGGCUCUACCUGGGCCGCACCCCACCACAUCUUGGGCGAGAUUGCCUGCUGUGA